AGCAAUUUGAGUAGUGGCAGAAUAAAAAAGGUGAAUGUAAUAAGGGAGAUGCACGUGGUGUCAGCGUGAGAGAGUGCGCGCUUUUUGUGCGUGUAGCUGUCGGAGAGACGUAAAUAUACUCUUCCACACUUUCCUCUUUCCAAGAACCAACAUUCUAUUUCUCUCUCUAGGGAUUCCCAAUCCGCAAACCAAACCCUCGCUCCCUGCCAAAACAUGCCCUGAAUUUCUAAUCUCUCCGCCGCACUCCCAUUCUCCGCCGCCGCCGCCGCCGAUCGGAUUUCUAUGUCAUGGAAGACAACUUAUCCACCGCCACUCUGAUUGGCUCUACAGCCUCUAAGAUACAACAACUUCAGAAAGCAUUUGCAGAACUUGAAAGUCAUCGAGCCGUCACUCUCAAUGUGAAAUGGAAGCAACUAGAAGAGCAUUUUCAUGGACUUCAGAAGUCUCUGAAGAGGCGUUUCACAGAACUGGAAGAACAAGAAAAAGACUUCGACACUAAAAUAGUUGAAUCCAAGGAGAUGUUGGAGAAGCGUAAAACAGCUGUAAUGUCGAAGGAGCAAGCAUCACUUCAGAGACUUCAAGAGAAGCGGGAUGCUGCUGUCUCAGCUAUUUUAACUGCUAUGCAAAAGUGUGAGAUGCCUCUUUCUGUGGAUUCAGGUGUUAGUAAUGGCCAAAAUCAAAUUGAAGCACCUGUUCCGGAUGAAAAGAUACCUGACGCACUGGUAAUUGAGGGUAGCAUGGAUGUGAUGAAAAGGUCUGUUGAAAGCAUGAAUGUGGAGGUUAAGUCUUACCCAGAGCUAGUAAACUUGUGCCAAGAGAUGAAUUCAGAAGGCCUACACAAAUUUAUAUCAGACAACCGCAAGAACCUGGCUGCUUUAAGGGAGGAAAUUCCAACCGCACUCAAGGCUGCUGCUGACCCUGCCUCUCUGAUUCUGGACUCUCUGAAAGGUUUCUAUGGCACGGACAUGCCAAACAUAGAUGCUAAAAAAGAUUCAAAUCUAUUGGGCCUUCGCCGCACUUGUAUCAUGCUGAUGGAGUGCCUUUGCAGUUUGUCCAUAAAUCUGGAUGCAAACACCCUCUCUGCUAUUAUCUCAGAAAAUGCUAAAGAAAGAGCAAAAUUUAUAGCUGAAGAUUGGCAACCGAAGUUGGAUGAUCUCGAUGCUGAUGCCAGCAAUGGAAAUUCGUUAGAAGCACAUGCAUUCCUACAACUUCUUGCUACUUUUGGCAUUAAUUCACAUUUUGAUCAGGAGAGCUUGUCCAAGUUAAUACCCAUGGUUUCUCGCCGUCGUCAGACAGCUGAGUUAUGCCGUUUUCUCGGACUGUCAGACAAAAUGCCAGGUGUGAUAGAUGUGCUGAUAAAGAAUGGAAGGCAUAUUGAUGCUGUGAAUUUGGCUUUUGCUUUUGAGCUCACUAAUCAGUUUCCACCUAUUUCACUACUUAAAUCGUACUUGUAUGAGGCCAGAAAAGCUCCAUCAGCUCCCAAAUCUGGAAAUCUGUCGCCUGCUGCUUCUCGACAGGUUGAUGUCAAGGAGAAAGAGCUGACUGCACUCAAAGCCGUAAUCAAGUGCAUUGAAGAUCACAAGCUCGAGGAGCGAUUCCCCGUGGAUCCACUCCAGAAGCAAGUCCUCGAGAUUGAGAAAGCUAAGGCGGACAAGAAACGUGCAACGGAAGUCGCCAAACCACAAUCCAAAAGACCUCGCGCCAAUGGUGUUGGGCAUGCACCUCGUGCUUCUGCUAAUGACAAGAACUUCCACGGUAGGUAUCCGCAAUAUAUCUAUGAACGACCUUAUGCUUACACCGGACCAACCGAGCACCACGUUCCUUCGUUUCUGAGUGCUCCCACGUAUAAUGGAAACUUCUUCCCAAACCCCUACCAGUACCAAACUGCAUACCUGCACUAAUCACUGCUCAGACUCCUCAUCAUCCCUUAACUACUAGUGUUAACCCGCUCCAAUUUCUUGAUGUAAUGUUCAACCUUUCAGCAACUUAAUAUUUGGGGAAAAAAAAGAAGGGAUUAAUUAGCCUUGUUAAUUCCUAGUCUGUUGUACAAGCUCUAACUGUUGUAUUGUUUCUAAUGUUGUAUUAAUCUUCUUGCGCA